CUCCGUGGCGGCCAUUUGUACCCGCCGGUGGCACUGUAGUAGUGCAGUGUCCGAACAGCGCCAGGGUCCAUCGGGCGUUUUAACGUAUUGCGCUACUCAGUGCUAUCGUGUUUUUAGUCUAGCGAGGAUUUGAGUGAGAGCGCUCAGGUUAGCAUCACCGGUUGGUCACAUAUAUUUUGUUCGGAGGCCGGAGUAAGCAGAAAAUCCAUCCACCAUGGACGCGAUUAAGAAGAAGAUGCAGGCAAUGAAGCUUGAGAAGGACAAUGCUCAAGACAAAGCCGAUACCUGCGAGAACCAGGCCAAGGAGGCCAACCUCCGCGCCGACAAGAUCAUGGAGGAGGUCGCUGAGCUGACCAAACGUUUGGCCCAGGUCACCAGCGAUCACGAACAGUUCAAGGCCUCGCUAGAGCAGGCCAACAAGGACCUGGAGGAGAAGGAGAAGAACCUCACUUCCACCGAGGCCAACGUUGCCGCGUUGACCCGCAAGGUCCAACAGGUUGAGGAGGAUCUGGAAAAAUCCGAGGAGCGCUCCGGUGCUGCUCUGUCCAAGCUGCUGGAGGCCACCCAGUCGGCUGAUGAGAACAACCGUAUGUGCAAAGUAUUGGAGAACCGUUCCCAGCAGGAUGAGGAGCGUAUGGAUCAGCUGUCCAACCAGUUGAAGGAAGCCCGUCUGCUCGCUGAAGACGCUGACGGCAAGUCUGAUGAAGUGUCCCGGAAGCUGGCCUUCGUUGAAGAUGAGCUGGAAGUCGCUGAGGAUCGUGUGAAAUCCGGAGAAGCCAAGAUCAUGGAGCUUGAGGAAGAGUUGAAGGUUGUCGGUAACUCGCUCAAAUCUCUGGAAGUAUCAGAAGACAAGGCCAACCAGAGAGUCGAGGAGUUCAAGCGCCAGUUGAAAACCCUCACCAUCAAGCUGAAGGAGGCUGAAACUCGUGCUGAGAAUGCCGAGAAGAACGUCAAGAAGCUCCAGAAGGAAGUCGACAGACUAGAAGACGAACUGGGCACAAACAAGGACCGGUACAAGUCCCUGGCCGACGAGAUGGAUUCCACCUUCGCCGAGCUGGCUGGUUACUAAAGGAGCUCUCCCUGUUUCCGGUUCUUUUUUGUCCGUAUACUCGUGUUGUACUUUUGCCGUAACCAGGCGCGCUUUUGAUUGAUUCAAUUUUCCUCGUCCCACUUGGAAAUUCAGCAGCAUUUUCCCGCACUCGAUUGCACCGCCAUCAAGUACCAAUACAUAAUCGCACAGAAGAGAACAGAAUUCGACACCCCGAACUCCGACGAGAUUCAAGCUCCGAAUAGAAAAAUUCAUGUUUUAUCAUAGGAAAGUAUUAGUGUAUAAUUGUCAGAAUUAUUUGUGUAGCAACGUAAGAGAUCCGCUUUUUCACAGCGCGAAAGGAAGAAAAUCCGUAUUUUUGUUGUUGUUUCAACCGUCGAGAAGAUCGAGUUCAUGAACAAAAGAUUUUUUAUCACUACUCUUAAACAUAGAUUAUAUUAUAACAAAAAUAAGCGAAGAACCCUAUUUCGUUGGAGGAUUUUUUUUUAAUAAAACAGCUGCCGCUGUCGAACCGAGAAACAGAGAAGUUGGUGUUGCAAUCAAACUAGAUCUAAAAGCACUUGUCGUAGCACUCGGAAUAAUAAUCAAAAAAAAUGUAUUACUUCUAUCAUUUAAUAAAAAGAAACAACGGUAAUGCUAACUAAAGAAAAAAAAGAAGCACGAUGAAACCAGGUAUCUGCUUUAAUUCGACUCGCAUGUGCAUCCAUUGCAUGCGUUACUCGAGUUAGAAUCUUAGGAAAUUCUAUUUCUCUAUUUUUUAGCAGAAAUCGUAUCAAAAUCAUAUUUAUUGUAAUGCUAAGUUUUGAUUUAUUUUGUACAAUAAAAGUUUAACUAUUGCUAAGGUA